UGAAACAGAGUAGCGGACACAGAAAUUUCGAAACUACACCCAAUAUGAAUUGUGGAGCUGGGAUUUCCAUUAAUUGUUCGGCUUUUUCAAGCAUAUCAAGUGACGAAACUACGUUUAUAUGGUAAUAUUUUAAUUUAAAUCACGACAUCCUGUUAAAAUUUGGAAAAACCUGGAAGAUUACGGUCUGAGCCAUGGCGAUGUGUUACCAAAAGCACCCGUUUGAAAUAGAGACGGAGGAUCGACUUACGACAAUAAAUACUAAAAUAUUUGAAAUUAAAAAGAAGAUACAACUAUCAGAGGGCCAAAGAAAGUCUCACUACGAAGAGAAUGAGUCGGAAAAGCAGCAGAAUGUAGACCUGAUUGAGACCUUGAAGAAAGAGAUAAAGCUAAGACUUGAGGAGCUGUCGGCAGCGAGGUAUGUGGUGGGCGCUGAUGAGGGGCAAGUCAGGAAGUACCUUAGCGAGGUCUGCCCUAUAGCCAACAAGACAUCCGACCAGAUCAUAAACAACCUAGACCUCAAGGUCAUAGAGCAGCGGAAGAUCCUCGACCUCCUGAAGUACGAGAAAAGAAGCAAGAAGAUAAAGCUCAGAGACUUGGAGAAGGAAUACGAAAGGCUUCUGAUUGCGACCACCAGAAGAGUCGUUAAAACUAAGGGGAGUCCCACAAGGAAGCAUGCCUCUCAUUUGGAGAACGAGAUACACAAAGUCCUCAUUCAAUGGACGGAAGCGGAAUUGGUUAAGAAGAAAUACCAUUCCAUCAAACAAGCGCUUAUCGAUGAUUCGGUCAAGUUCGAGAGCUCUCUGACCCGGAUUGAAGAUCUGCUUGAGAAACAGAAGGAGGAAAUAGCCAAAUUGGAGUACGUCCGCGAAGAAGCAGCGCUGAUGCGCGUGCGCGCGACGGGCGCGACGGCUGCGGAGGCGGUGCGCGCGCAAGACGCGGAGCAAACGCGCGCAGCCGAGCGCGAGUAUUUCGCGCAGCGCUUCGCGGAGCGGAGGCUGGAGCUAGAAAAGUUGGAGAAGAGAAUAUUCCCACCACAAGUGCGAGCACUGGUGAGACAAGAUUCGGCCAGGUCUACUGACAACGCUGCAAUGACUGAAGAGGCCUCAGCCACGGCGCAAAUGGAGGACGUGUUCCAGAGGCUCAUGAAACUAACCGGUGUAACGGAUGCCGAAGAAGUGUUCGAUCGAUUCCGCGCGCAGCGGGAGACCUCUAAGCGUCUGAACUACCUCCAAUCCACCAUCGAAGAAGAAAAACUUCAGCUGGAGAGCACUCAGACCAACUUACUGGCUGAGCUGGAGGCCUUCAAGUUCGCUUCCGUCAAGGACAAAGACGAAACGCAAGACCAGAUUUCCGCUCUAAAGGACGAAAUAAAGGCUGAAGCAGAAACUUAUUCGGCUCUUGAAAGCGAGUUAGAAGACCUGGACAAUCUUCUGCUCGAGAUCAAGCGUUUGCUGUACGAGCUAUGCAAACUGCUAGACGUGAUCCCCGAGCCAGCAGUCCCAGAAUGGACGGCCGAAGCGCGCGACGUGUACGCGCUAUUUGGCGUGCUUCGUGCACGCUUCGAGCACGCCGGUGCACGCGCUGAGGACGUGCAUGCACGGCGCGACGUCAGCACCAUGGCUAUGCCUUCUAAUCCUACAAGCGGAGCGGCGUCCGUGGCCGGUCUCAGUAUGCAGAGUCACAGCACCGCAAAGGAGGCCGAAACUGCAGCCCCGACUUACAAGGAGCUCCUGACCAAGGAGCCUGUUAGGCCUCCUCCUUCCGAUGAAGAAGAAGACAUACCAUCUCGAUGUUACCUGAAGAGGCAAGCGCAGCUCAUCGUCGACACCAAAUGCAGACGAAAAGGCUUCAGGACUCCAUAUCCAAGACGAUAGACACACACACACAAUGAGGGUUUUACGCGCACAUACCUACACGGGAAUCCACUGAAUGUUUAAUUAUAGUCAAUUUUCUUUGCACUUUUGCAACU